AUGGCGGUGAAUGUCUAUUCGACAUCCAGCACGACGGAUAAUAUGUCUCGGCACGAAAUGCUGAUCUGGUUGAAUGACUGCCUUCAGGCGAAUUUCACGAAAGUCGAAGAAAUGUGUAGCGGCGCUGCCUACUGCAACUUCAUGGAUUUACUCUUUCCAGGGAGUGUUCAGCUAAAGAAGGUCAAAUGGAACACAAAGUUGGAACAUGAAUAUAUUCAAAAUUUUAAGAUCAUGCAAGAAGCGUUUAAUAAGCUAGGUGUCGAUAAGAUUGUUCCCGUCGAAAAGUUGAUCAAGGGUAAAUUUCAGGACAACUUCGAAUUUCUUCAGUGGUUUAAAAAAUUCUUCGACGCCAACUACAACGGGCAAGCCUAUGACGCUCUCAGUGCAAGGAACGGCGAGGUCAGAGUGAAUCUGUUUUUUUUUGUUUUCGAAUUGUCAUCAGCUGCCAUUGCAGAACUUCCGCGCAAAAGUCCACCUACACGUGUGGCGGUCUCCGGCCCUGGGGCUCCAUUCCACAGGCCGGUGAACGCUGCUCCUGCCGCUGCUACAAGCCGCCAGAAACAUGGGACCUCUCAAUCUGAAGACGCGCAAGUGGUGCAGCUGCAGAAUCGCAUCGACGAGCUUACGUCGUUGCUGACCGAAAGUGCAGAAAAGGAGCGGGAUUUUUAUUUCAGCAAGUUAAGGCAGAUCGAGUUGCUGUGUCAGGAGCGCAGGGAUGAUGAAUUGCUUCAGGCUAGCAAAAUCUUGGAAAUUCUUUAUGCAACUGAAUCUCAAAUAUUUCCCGAUCUUGUUCCACCGUUUGAUCUUCGAUAG